AUGGCGCCUGGAAAACGUGCAUCUCAUUCUCAGCUCACUCCGCUCUCGAAGCGACAGUGCGCGGAAGACGAAGACUCGAUACCCACCAUCCACCGCCGCUUUCGUGACACAGAGAUCUGGAAGGAGGCUCCUAUCCUCAAAGGCACAACCAAAUUCGAGCCGUUACCAGACACAAAGAAUAUCCUAAUCACCGGCGGUGCAGGAUUCAUCGCCUGUUGGCUUGUACGUCAUCUAACACUAACCUACCCAGAUGCCUACAAUAUAGUCAGUUUCGACAAACUCGACUACUGCGCUUCCCUGAACAAUACACGAUCUCUCUCGUCCUCACUAAAUUUCACAUUCGUUCACGGCGAUAUAACUUCCCCUACCCAAGUUCAAGAUGUUUUGCGCAAACACAAGAUAGACACAAUUUUCCAUUUCGCGGCGCUAUCACAUGUUGACUUGAGCUUCGGAAAUAGCUAUGAGUUCACAAACACUAACGUAUACGGUACCCACGUAUUACUCGAGUGUGCGAAGAACCAUGGCAUGCUCAAGAAGUUUGUCCAUGUGAGUACCGACGAAGUAUAUGGUGAGGUAGGUGCCGACGAAGAUGACCUCGUUGAGGGAAGUAUACUUGCGCCCACGAAUCCUUAUGCCGCCAGUAAAGCGGCGGCAGAGAUGUUGGUGCACAGUUACUGGAAGAGCUUUAAACUCCCAAUCAUCGUUGUCCGCUCCAAUAAUAUAUAUGGGCCUCACCAAUACCCCGAAAAAAUAAUUCCUAAAUUCGCCCUUCUCCUCCACCGCCAAAGCAAGCUUACCCUUCACGGCGACGGUCUCCACACCCGUCGGUACCUAUACGCUGCCGAUGCCGCUGACGCCUUUGAUACCAUCCUUCACCGUGGUACAAUAGGUGCAAUCUAUAACGUCGGCUCUACAGAUGAGAUAUCCAAUAUCGAUCUCUGUAAGCUCCUCAUCACACAUUUCGGAAAUAAUCCAAAUGACCCUGGGUUUCGGAUUGAGGAUUGGGUAGAUUAUACAAAGGAUCGCCCAUUCAAUGAUCGCCGGUAUGCCGUUGACGCAACAAAACUGAAGGGGCUGGGAUGGGAGCAAAGAACGGAAUUUGGAGAGGGUGUGAAGGCUACUAUAGAGUGGUAUAAGAGUUUUGGGGAUAGAUGGUGGGGUGAUGUUAGCGCGGUUCUGGGAGGGCCUUUCCCAGUGGUCAAAAACGGGAAUAUAGUGCCCGAGAGUGAUUUAGAUGAAAUUGAUGAAAAAAUAGGGUCUUCCUUGGAGAACGCGAAAGUCACUAAAAAGGAAUCGAAAGAUACGGGCCUAAAGGUAGCGGAGAAUACCAUUGAAAGGGUAGAGACACCAGAAUCAAAGACGAAGUCUGCCAGAGAGAGGCCCAAGCAUAGCAAGGCGAGGAACAAUUAUAUGGUGCAGAAAAGCGGAUCCAAGGAUAUCAAGAGAGGGAGUGAAGAUAGGAAGCAUAUCGAGGAACCGCAUUAUUCGAGUAACGUCCCCGAUUACAAAGAAGCAAACGGCGUUAGAAAGAGAAAUGGUAUCAGUGUUCACGCAUGUUAA